AUGCCAGUCUCACAGUUCCCGAUUCCCGAGAAAUACCACUACCUCCAUGGACUGGGUUCGAACCACGAAACGGAGGCCAAACAAGGUGCCCUCCCCAUCGGCCAGAAUUCACCACAAAAAGCCCCAUUCGGCCUGUAUGCAGAGAAGAUCUCAGGCACCGCGUUCACGGCUCCUCGUGCGCAAAACCGGCAGGCCUGGGUCUAUCGCGUGCUCCCAUCAUGCACCCACACCAAGUUUAGUCCCAUGGACGCGGUGCCAGUUUCCUCGCACAAUGACCUGUGUCUGACCCCCAAUCAGCUACGCUGGGAUCCGUUUGACGUGACCAAAGGCACCAGCUGGGUGAGCGCGCUCCGCCAGGUAGCAGGGGCCGGGGAUCCAGCCCUGAAGACAGGCGUGGCUUACUACAUCUACGCCGCCGACGAGUCGAUGCCGCCACGGACUGCAUUCUAUAAUGCCGAUGGCGAAUUCCUGAUUGUGCCGCAGUCUGGGGCGUUGGACAUUGAAACUGAGAUGGGCCACAUCCUUGUCCGUCCCAACGAAAUCUGUGUGAUUCCUCGAGGGCUGCGGUACCGCGUCAAUCUGUAUGACAACAUCGAACCGAUCCGUGGGUACGUCCUGGAGCUUUUCCAGGGCCAUUUCGAGCUGUAG